AUGUUCGCCUUCACCCACAUCCCCGCUGGCUACACGCACGGCCACCCCGGACGUCGUUACCGCGACUUCUCGGAUGACAACUCUGAGUUCGAUGAGCUCGCACAGCAGGCGGCGGAGCAGUACGCGGCUGCCCAGGCGCGCGUCCAGGAGAUCCAACGCCAACGCCAGGCUCAAGCCGCGAGGGAGCAAGCCCACCGUCACUGUCGCCACCAGUAUGGGUUCAUGGCUCCCCGGCAGUUCGACUUCGAAGAGCCUCCUUCCUACUACCCUCCCCAUCCCCACUUCGCACGAAGCGCCCCUGUGAGCGCACCAAGCCACACCCUCGAAGACCUCGUCUCGGCGGCUCUGCGCGACGAAGACCGCCAGCGCAAGUACCUCGCCCACCAACGCGCCGUCGAGCGCCAGCGUGCGAUCGCCCUUCAACAGCAACUCGCCAUUGAGCGCCAGCGUGCUCUCGCUGAACUCGCCGCUCGCCAGGAGGCUGCCCGUGCCCGCGAAGAGGCCGCUCGCGCCGCGCGCGUUCGUGAAGAGGGCGCUCGUGUCGCUCGAGCCCGAGUGGAGGCGCAGCGUCAUCGCGAGCAUCAAGCCAUGCUCGCUAUUCUUGCUCUCGCGCGCUAUCUUCGCGCGGAGGGUGGGCACAUCCCCUUCGCCACUCAAGUAUCGGCGCCGAAGCCCGAGGAAGCUGUCACUUCGCGGUCGCUCAACAUCCCGGGGGUCCCCGUUGACCGCAAGGGGAAGGGCAAAGUCAACCACUUUGACGUCGAUAUCGACGUCGCACCGCUGGUCGCAUCCAAGCCAGUCUCCUCCCAUGAGACUCCAAAGACCGCGCCAAGGACGCUCAAGGAGGACCUCGAGGCCCGAAUCCGCGCCGAAACGGAUCCGGAGGUCCUGGAGUCCCUCGUCAUUCUCUACUCCGACAUCUUCGACAACGUCGCUGCUGCCCCUGCUCCUGUCGCGGGUCCGUCUGGUCUCAGUGCCGACGAGAAGCCAGCCUCGUCCACCCCAGAGUCCUCUCCUUCCACCCCGGUCCCAGAAGCCCUCACCGAGAUCACUGCCGUCGAGGACGCCCUUCGCGCUCUGCAAGAUGCCUUCUCCUUCCCUGAUCACCUCGAAUUCUCUCCCUCGCGCUCGCGCUCUCCUUCCCCCACUCCCUCGAACGCGGACGGGCUGUCGUACACGGCGCACAACAGCCCGGUGCGCGCGUACGAGCACGCGCUUAUCGCGCUCCUCACCCGGCUCGACGCUGUGGAGAGCAACGGGGACGAGUCGGUGCGGGCGCGCCGGAAGGAGGUCGUGCGGGAGGUCGAGCGCGCGCUUGACGCGGUCGAGAAGCGCGUCGAGGCCGAGCGGGAGCGCAGCCGGAGUCGCGGGAGCUCGCGACGCGGCAGCGUGACUGGGUCGGAGGUCACUGUGCGCUCUGCCGUACCCGCGCCUGAGGUCAUCCCUAAGGAAGAUGCCUUUGCGGUGGAAGACUCUGCUACGGAAGUCGAUGAGGAGGCUCCGAAGGGGGACGAGCUGGAGCGACGGGGCAGUCUGUCGGACUCCGCAGUCACCAUUCGUCCUUCUGUUGUUCCCGCCGUCGCCCUGGAGGUCGUUGCCAAGGAUGUUGAAGACCGUGUGGUGGUCCCAGAAUCUUCAUCUGGAGCACCGUCUCUUUUCUCCGAGUCGUCUGACUCCGGCCUCAUAUCCCAUGCGGAUGAUGCGAGCACCCAGACGCCGGUCGUUGACUCAGUGGACGAACAAGAAGACCCUUCGACCUCGGUCCCAGAUGUUCCCGUCGACGGUCAAGCUCUGGAGGAUAUCAGCACCUCAGAGGCUAUAAAGGAUGUCGAGCCCGACCACACCACUAGCACUUCUGAAGACGCACUGGACCCUUCCCUUGCCUCCUACAGCGUCGACCCUAGUCCUACCGCCACCACUGCUCCCGUCGAGGCCGCUCUCUCAACAAGGCUCCACGCUCUAGAACCCAUCUCACGGGAUGCGUCAGCCUCAUCUCAUCUCAUCGAUCCGACCGCCGGUUCCGAGAACACUACCAAUCUCGAAGACGCUGCGGCGGCGUCGCCGUCUAGCACUCACACCGUCCUCUUCCUGCUAUCGUCCACACCUAUUGCGGAUCCCGAUGUGUCGAAGCGCCGACCCUCUGCGGGCUCGGACGAGCUGGAGAUCAUCGACAAGGACGAGCUCGAGGGUGGGGCCCAUGUUGGAAGCGAUUGGUCGGAUCUCGAGUCGUCCGACUCCGAUGGACCCGACCUGUGA